CAGUGCUGCGGCAGGGGUCGCCCAAACCUCACAGAGGGCGGGAUGAUGCACGUGGCGCCUCCGGGCGGUUUGCAGCCCGUGCCGCCAAAAAUCAGGCGGUGACCCGGGGCAGCCUGCACGGGCGGAAAGGGCUUCCCCCACGGCGCGCUCCGCAGGGCGCGCUCUCCCGUGCGCAGCCAGCUUUCCCGGGGCUUACGCGCCGCCCCGCCCGGCCCGUGUCUGCCCCUCCCGCUCCUCCCCCUCGGGCUCCGGGACUUUUGCUUUCACUUUUCCUAACGCUGUCCUACACCCUCGCGGAGGAUCGGACGCCACCGUCGGCUCCCGCCGGCCACCGUGGGAACGAUGGCAGAUGAUCAGAACUGUGUUGCGGAGCUGGAAGAAGUAGAUUCUUCAAGUGAAGAUGGAGUUGAUGCGAAGCCAGACCGCUCCUCCGUUAUCUCAUCGAUUCUCUGGAAAAAGAAGAGAAAUGCCUCUACACGCCCAGUCAAGACCACCCGGGACCGAGUGCCCACAUACCUGUAUAACAUGGAUUUCGAGAAGAUGGGAAAAUGUAUCAUCAUAAACAACAAGAACUUUGACAAAGUGACAGGUAUGGACGUCCGGAAUGGGACAGACAAAGAUGCGGAGGCCCUCUUCAAGUGCUUCCGAAGCCUGGGUUUUGACGUGGUUGUCUACAAUGACUGCUCAUGUGCAAAGAUGCAAGACCUGCUUCUGGCCACCGAGCUCCUGGGGCACAGCAGGGAACAGCAUGAGCAGUUCUGGUUCCAGCCCAUGUGUGAUCUCUACUUUGAUAUGCUUUAGGCUUGCCGAGGGACGGAGCUGGAUGACGGGAUCCAGGCCGACUCCGGGCCUAUCAACGACACCGACACCGAUGCUAAUCCCCGAUACAAGAUCCCGGUGGAAGCUGACUUUCUCUUCGCUUACUCCACAGUUCCAGGCUAUUACUCAUGGAGGAACCCAGGAAAAGGCUCCUGGUUUGUGCAGGCUCUCUGCUCCAUCCUGAACGAGCAUGGCAAAGACCUGGAGAUCAUGCAGAUCCUGACCAGGGUGAAUGACAGGGUGGCCAGGCACUUCGAGUCCCAGUCUGAAGAUGCCCGCUUCAAUGAGAAGAAGCAGAUCCCUUGCAUGGUCUCCAUGCUCACCAAAGAGCUCUACUUCGGCCGGUGACCGUCCCUUCCAGCUGAGAACCUACAGUCACUCAUUGAUGAGUCCAAUUGUUAUGUUUAUCAUUUUGAUGCUCUCAAAAUAUCCAGAAAUGUUAAAUUAAGAGAUUUUAUUUUAAGGAAGUAUAUUGAUUCAACAGGAAGGAAGUUUCCUGGUAAUGUCUGAUAUUCUGGGUUUCUAGACUUCUUUUUUUUUUUUUUUAAUAAUUUUGUAAUUUUGUUCAUUGAUGACUUCAUACUUUCCUUUUAAGGUUAAUUUCCUGUUCAUAUUUCUUUUACCUGGUCAUCACAUUGAGUGCAGGCUAUGAAAAUGACCUCUGAACAAGACUCAUUGGUGGUGGCAAUAAUGGAAAAUCAAAGUCUUAGUUGAACUAGGCAAAGAGGAUUCCAGUUCUUGACAAACAAAUACAGCUGAGAUACUCGUUGGCCUCUCCUGGAAAGGUGGCUGUUGUGUAGAGGGGCUGUUUUCAUUGACUUAGGACAGAUUCAUUUGCAGGCCUUCCCAGGGAAGUGAGAAAACAGUGAGUAUUCUAGACACAGGACCUAAUCCAGAAAACAAGCCCUUCUAAGGUGCUUCAGUGGAGAAACGUCAAUACAGGGAACUCACUUACGCGGGUAAUUAAGGAAAAGAGCCGAGCAGUAGAAAUCUGUUUACCCCCUGUGUGACUGCGAGGCUGUGAGAGGAAGUUGGUUCCCUGUUCAUCAGUAAGUACUGUGGUCGCGCUGCCUCCUCGAAGCAGAGACCAUGGAGGGUUGUGGUAAAUGGAGCCCAGCCAAGGACAAAGCCACUGUCCGAGAUGGAAACCAAGCCAGAGCUGAGUCAGACACCAAGACAUCCCCAGGCCUCUUCUCAUGUCCUUCACCAGCACCUCACCAGUCCAAGGCCCUGGAAGCCGCCAGUGAGGCCCCUGAGUGCCCUUGCUACAGAACAGAGCAGGGCCCAUUGAGCCGGGGAGUGGGGCUGUGAGCUUGGCCCAUAAUGUGAACUUAAAUAACUAAGUCUCUUGUAGGCAGCUGUUCAUCUGUUCACUGCUUUGUCAGAUCAUCCACACAGGUGCUAAAAAACAAUGUUUCCACCUCAUGUGCCAAGUAAUGUUUUUGUAUUUCAAAUACAUCUGGAAUUCUUUCAGUUAUUCCAAGAUUUUUUUUCUGAAUAAUUUUUUGUUACCUCUGAUUCUACAAAGCUUAGGGCAAAAAUCUUAGCACUUUCUUUUCAAGGUGUUUUCUUUGGAAUUUGUUAGGCAUUCCUAUUUUUUCCACCUAAUAAGUGGUUAACAAAUGUUCCUAUUUAUUGAUUAAAAUGUGGUUUAGUAACUCCUAA